AUGUCGGCUAUGACAGGUUCAAGAUCACCUACAUCCCCUUGGCCGUCAGAGUGCCAGAACCUGCAGCUUGAUCAAACUUCGAACUCGACGCCUUUCUUUACCUUUUGUGAUGCUCACCCUGGUUCCCAUGGACCUGCGGGACUUGGUUCAUCGAAUACAGUCUUAGAACGUCCAAGUCCUAAUCAUUUCUCGAUCAGUGUGGAUAGUCCGGGUAGCUUUGCAAACAAUCGGGAACCGGUACCACAUGCUCAACCUGCAAUAUCAUAUCCAAAAGUACAACCAUCAAACAAUAGAACGCUCGAUAACAACCCGACUACUUCGAAAAGCGGAAUUGCAUUCAACAACCAUUUGAAGACAUCCGCCGGCCUUGGAUUUCCACGGAACCGAGACCUAGUGUUCCCCGGUGUUGGCGCACCUUCGGGACAGCUGACUUUCAUGGAUGGGUGUCCCAUCUCUAUAGACGAUUGUGCAGGGCUUCUCGAGUCCUCCGAUCGGGAUGUCAUGCUUCUGGAUGUGCGACCCUACGCGCAUUUCGCGAGGGGAACUAUUGAUGGAUCUCUUAACCUAUGUAUACCGACAACCCUGCUAAAGCGCCCCUCAUUCGAUACGCAGAAACUAGCGAAUACUUUCACGGCCGAUUCUGAUAAGAUGAAAUUCGCGCGAUGGCGGCAGUUCCACUACAUCGUCGUCUUCGAUGCCGCUACUUCUGAUAUGAAAGAUGCAGGUCCACUCGCUAAUGUGCUCAAGAAGUUCACAAGUGAAGGCUGGGAUGGGGAGGCUCGAAUCCUACUCGGGGGCUUUAAAACAUUCGCAUCUCGCUUUCCUCACCUUGUGAGGCAGCAGCAGCUUCCAGCUUCGGGGGCGCCGACGAAGAAAACUCCCAGGAUGCAUAUUGAUCUCCCUUCAGCCGCUCCAGUCGCAGGCGGGUGUGCUCUUCCCGAAUCAUCUCAUGCUGCGAUACCCUUUUUUGCAAACAUCAGGCAACAUACGGACUUGGUAGAUGGUGUCGGGCAGAUUCCUUUACAGCUCCCCUCAACCCUCACGGAACCCAAAAGACAACGACUUCCUUCGUGGCUACGUGAUGUGUCAGAGACCUCGGACAGGGGUCGCAAAGUAUCCGAGAGAUUUUUGGCGCUGGAGAAAAGGGAGUUCGAACGCAUGAAGCGGGCGCUUUCUUACGACAAAUCUGCCAACUCUGCAGCGAUCGAUACCUCAUCAGAGAAGUAUCGUGUCGCAGGAAUUGAGAAAGGAACUAAAAAUAGGUACAACGACAUAUAUCCGUUUGAGCAUUCUCGAGUCAGAUUGCAGAAUGUUUCUCCCGGUGGCUGCGACUAUGUGAAUGGGAAUCAUUUAAAAGCAGAAAAGGGCGGUAAAUGUUAUAUUGCUACACAGGCCCCAGUUCCUGAUACCUUUGAUGAUUUUUGGCGAGUAAUAUGGGAACAGGACGUUCGUCUUGUGGUCUCAUUGACUGCCGAGGUCGAAAGGGGCCAGGUUAAGUGUCACCCAUACUGGAAGUCGGGAGAAUAUGGACAAUGCCAGGUCAACAAUUUUUCUCAGAAGUUGAUCUACCUGAAUUCUCGAGAUUCGCCCCAGGUUGACCUUGAAGGCAAUCAACUACCUCCCGACGUGAAAGACGAUCCAGGCAACCCAUACAUCGUCGUCAGGCAUUUUGGUUUGUCACACUCAGCCUUUCCAUUUCAGCCAUUACGAGAAGUCACCCAAUUGCAAUACCCUCAUUGGCCUGACUUUGGGACAACCUCACAGCCUACACACCUCCUCAGACUUAUCGAGUAUUGUGAUCGGGUUCUCAAUGCAACGAAUAGUCCUAUUCCGGGCUCGUCCCAGAGACAAGCUGCGGAUCAGCGACCGGUCUUGGUGCACUGCAGUGCUGGCUGUGGACGCACCGGCGCCUUUUGUACAGUCGAUACUGUGCUAGAUAUAAUGAAGCGGCAAAGGGGUCAAGGCGCCGUCGACGACAUGAGUUCAAGACCCACUGAGGGUCAAUGGGAAUUUGAUGAGGGUCUGGACCUCAUUGAGAAGACCGUGGAUGACUUUCGCAGACAGAGACCUAGCAUGGUUCAAAACCUUUCGCAGUUCGUUCUGUGUUACGAAAGUGUGCUGGAAUGGGUUGUUUCGCACAUGGGUGAGUAG